GGUUGAUCAACAAAAUGAAAGAUAGUUUUCACUUACUCUUCCAAACGAAGACAAAGCCUUUUGGAUAAUUCAACAAGACAAACAUGACUUCUCCAUCAUCAUCAUCAUCAUCAACCUUCAAACCAAAGUUAACUGAUCAAGAGUAUAUGGAGCUUGUGUUUGAGAAUGGGCAAAUUCUUGCAAAGAGCCAAAGAUCCAAUGGCUUUUCUAUGCAUAAUCAACGUACGAAAUCGAUCGUGGAUUUAUACGAGGCCGAGUAUAACGAGGACUUCAAGAAGACUAUUCAUGGUGCUGAUACUAGUGACAAGAAUCUUGUAGACACUCAGGUUGUUCCAGAACCUCUUGUUGUUGCCGCAUAUGAAACAAACAUGCUGAUGAAUCAACUUAAUUUGAUUCAGAGUUUGAAAGCUUCUUCAUCAAAGAGGAUGGUGGUUGACUAUGAGAACCGUAAGGAUAUUGUACCUCCUGAUGAGCAAUCUGUGGUUGCUGAGAGGUCGGUUGAACUGGGAUACGACUCCACAGAUUUUACUGAAGACAGUGAAGAAUCGACGUAUCAAAGCAGUAGCCUAGAUGAUGUGAGGCCACAAGUUCCUGCAAGAACAAGCAACAUUUUGGUCAAGAGAAGACGCAAACAGAAGGAAACAAACGAUAUCAACAAGAAAAUGCGUAAUUUGCAGGAUCUACUCCCUAAUUCUCAAAAGGAAGACAACGAAGCAUUAUUAGAUGAAGCGAUCAAUUAUAUGACGACCCUUCAACAUCAAGUUCAGAUGAUGACGAUGGGUAAAAGAUUUGUUACACCAGCAACAAUGUUGCCUUUGGGGCCGCAAUACUCUCAGAUGGGUCUAGCAACAGGUAUGCAAAUGGGCGUACCACAGCUUCUGCCUGCCCCUGUUCUUGGAGCUGGCUUGCCAUUGGUUAAUACUCAAGCAGAUGUGCUGAGGGUUCUUAACCAUCCUGUACUAAUGCCAAUUCAAAACUCGGCACCUUUCACACCAAUGCAAAACUAUUUGCCCCAAUAUGUUCCGCCGGCGUGUGCUGCUUUCCCUAACCUAAUACCAAACUCCACCACUUCGUCAAAUCUAGAUGAUGCUAGAACACAUGGAGGAAACCUCUCUGGUAAAGAAUCUGAUAAACCGUGAGCAGAUGAAAUAGACAGUGAUGAUAGUUAACUGCUGAUUCGCCCACUGGAGCCAUAUCAAGGUGAACCAUACAGAUCCAAAGCAGCACUACAAGAUCAGAACAACUUACCCUGAAAGGAUCUGCUCAAGUUUCUCCUAUUUAGUGCCAGCUCUCCUUGUUCAUGUAACAUAUAUAGGUUAAUAAUAAUAAUCUCGAGUACUAGUUUCCCUCUGAUGACAAAUACAUCUGAUUUAUACA